GCCAUCGCCGCCGCCGCCGCCGCGAUUGAAAUAUUGACGCUACCCCAUCUCCGAAUCUCCGCUAUUCGAGAAACGAUUGCUGCUGAGGAAAUUCGCAGCAGACUUUACGGACAUAUAUGUACAUAUUUCCACUGGACGCUGAAAACGCACAGGCAGCGUCUCUGCUAAGAAGCUUCAACAUGCUUCUAAAUUUACCACUGGAGAUCAUUGACAAAGUGUUCGGAUACCUGAAUGAGAAAGAACUAGUGAAAGCGGCCCAAGUCCACCAGCAGCUUGGCCGCGCAUUUGCCUACCACGUUGGAGGGAAUUACAAGCGACUGAAUUGCUGCCAUUUUGUAGGCGGCACUUCUGUACUCCGCUAUACGUACGACGAGCUUAGAGUUAUUUUGUCCCUGUGCGGGUCCACUGUUGUGGAUAUUUCAAUCAAAUCUAGUGAUGUAACGGAUCGAAUUGGAGAACUCAUAAAAAAGUACUGCAUUAACCUCGAAUCUGCCUUUAUCGUGGUCACAGAUGGAAAUUUCAACGCGAUCAAACGUAUUUUAGGCAUGAAAGGGAUACAAAAACUUGGCUUGAAUAGUAACCGUUAUCGCGGAUCGGAUCUGUUGCAGCACAUAAAUCCAAACUGCAAAAGAUUGUGUUUAAUUGGAAAUACUCCGGACCAGAAGGAACAUUUAAGGCAACUGACUAAUUUGGAAAAACUGGACGUGGAAUCUUUCGAAUUCCGAAAUAUUUUCGAAAUCUGCUCCCAUUUAAAGAAGCUACGGAAGCUCAUGGUUUCUGGUCUCCGGGAUACAUCACAGAAACUGAAUUUUUUGUAUCCCGAAUUGGAAGAGCUGUCUCUUCGGUAUUUCUACAUUAAACAAGAAUUUCCAACAUGUCCGAAGCUGAAAACGUUGAGAUUGUUCUAUAGUGUAUGUUUAACUGAAAGCGUGGCGCAACUUAUUUUAAAGUACGCCAAUACACUGGAGUCUCUGAUAUUAAUACCUAAAGAUUAUGAACACGAAUUCUAUGCAAAGGAUUUAAUAAUUGUUCUCAGAAAUUGUAAAAGCUUGCAGUUUCUUGACACCAAAAAUAGUGUUUUAAAAUCUAUAUUCUCCGAAUUACUGGAGUCCUUUAUUCAGAUUUUAAAGGAAAACGGUUUCAGCACACAGAAACGCUUUAAAUUGGUAGGGGACUUGGAUAAAACCGAUGAACUUAAGCAGGAAUUGAUGAACAAACUGCCGAAUUCCGAAGUGUGGGACUUGAUUACAUUGACUGACAUCAAGAUUUACUGCAUAUGAUUAUGAAAAUAGAUUUGCAAGAAUAAAAAUCGAAUACAAUAUCGAAAACCCAACCAA